UUAAAACUUUUCAAACGUGGACAAGAUAUGUGCACAACUGAAGACGGCAAGCAGUCUAAGGUUACGGAUCCUGCUAAACGACGUCGUCGCCCUCCAAUCCUCCGGCUCAGGGACUCUGACUCGCCGUGGCCGAAGGUCUUUGCUUCCGCAUUCAACUACAACAAACAAAAUCCAUUGCUUCCAUCUUCUUCGUCCAAUCAUUUGCUUUCGUUUGAAAACAUGACUGAUCAAGACGGAGACUGGAAUUUUUAUCUCAGAAUCCUCAGCAAUUGCGCGCGAGAUUCCACGGAUCCUUCUUCCGAUCCAUCUGUACUACAAUCAGUGAAGAAGCUACAUGGGUUCUGUAAAUUGGAGAAUUCAGAUGAUCUGGUGGCUAGAAUUUAUCCGCAAAUCAAUAAGGUCUUUCAGCGUUCUGUUGCUUCACUGUCUCAGUCCGAGUCAGUGACGUCCAAAGGCCUUCUCUUGCUCGCCAUUCUUCAGUUUUUUCUUGAUUUUGGAGACAUGGUUCUGCACGAUGCUGACCCAAGUUUGAGGACAUUCUUCCGCUCGUGUCUUAGCCGUGAGUUCUCAGAUUCUGCUGUUGCAGAGGCAACUUGUGAGUUUCUUAUGGAGAACAAGAGAAAACUCUUAGCGUCAUUUCCAAAUUUACUAUCUCAGUUUUUCCCGUUGUUGCUUAAGCUCAUUGCCUGGAAUUGGGAGAAGUUGGAGAAGUCCUUCCUGAAGAUAUUUCCUGGACUGAUAUCACCUGGGUCAUUUCUUCCUCUGUUUCCAUCCAUUCUAGACUUGCCACUGUUGGUUGUGGCAUUAGAAAAAGUGGAAAGGAGCUCGGGGUCGGGGUCAAGGGUUGGGGGUAGCAUUGCUUCAAUCCAGAAGAGUGCAGCUCCGGAGAUGCUUCUUGCCCUUAUGGAUGAAGCCUAUACUGGUUCAACCAUCGGGGAUGGUGGGGAUGACUCAGAAUCUGAAGACAACAAUACAAUAGAUGUAGCUGAUCCUCUGUUUCUGGAGCUUCUCAAGGAUGAAAAUGAUGGUCUAGCUGAAAGACACCGCCCUUCUCCUGCAUUAAACGCAGCGCUGCAGGCUGCUGCCAGUGGUCCUCGGUCAGAGAGGAUGAAGCAGACACUCAAGAUUGCUCCCCGACUUCUUGAUGUCUACUUUAGUGUUACGUUGCGAGAUGCAAAUGACUCUUUGAUCUGUGCAUUGAUCCCUCUACUCAUGACAAGAAAUUCUACAAUGUUUCCUGAUAAGAAUUUUUCUCAUGAGAUCCGUGCGAGGCUACUGGAAUUCGUGCUAGCUGCAUUUCAGAGGUCUCCGAAUUUCAUUGCCCUGUUGAAGAAGCCUAUAAUUGACCGGCUUGGAGAAGCUUAUGAUGACCCUGCUAAGAAUCUGGGAAUGCUUCAAGAAGAAAAACACAUGACGGCUAUUGCAAAACUCGCAACUUAUCACCGGGAAUUGUUGCCAAGAGCCCGCGUUGCCUUGGGAAAGGUUGUUCGGUCUCGGAUAUCUGAUGCAAGGGUUUGGAGACGAGCACAUGAUUACUUAGGACUAAUGAACGAACCAGGAAUCUGCUGGUCUGUGUUAGGACCUUCACGGAUUUCAGAAAAACGUUUUCCGGGCACUGUUAACUGGAGCGAGGGUGGGCGAAAAAUGGUUGCACACAUUCCGUUUCACAUUCUUAGUGAAGGAGGAGGUCCUCCGUUUCAUGACUUUGCUUUCUCUGAUGUCAUCCCCAAAAACUGAUCAAACAAGUCUCGUAAAAUUGUUGUUUGCUGUGAAUAGUGAAACCCAAAAAGUGUUUGUUUUGUGUAUAGUGUAUACACACACACAGCUGCAAAUCUUUUUUUGCCAGCAGUUGUAACCAUUAUUCAAAAGUUGGACGUUUCUUGCUUGUUGGACUAAUCCGACCCGUUUAGAUCCGGGUUUAAAUUGAAUCCGGUUUUUAUUUGGACUGUUUUUUAUUUCUUCAUUUUUAAAUAUAUCCGACCUAAUUAUGACGAA